GAUAAUAAAAAUCAUAAGUUUGAUGGAUUCUGAUUUAUUAGUGGGGCGGGAAAUUGGGUAAGAUUGUGGGCAAAUCAAAUCCCCAAAACCCCUUUCACUUUUUACACACUUGAAUUUCGAAACCCUAAUUCCUUCAAUGUCAUAAUAAUAUCAAUAAAAAUCCCUAAUUUUUAAUGGCAUUUUCUUCACAAUUGGAAUCGAAUAACAAAUACCCAGAUCAAGAUUCGUCUCCUCAACAACAAAUUCGGCCCGAAAUCGACCGAAAUCAGAACCAAAGGUACGUUCCUCUUGAUUUAGUCUACUCUGUUACAUCUCCCUGUAGUGCGUAUUCGAAUGCGAUGUCGAAAAAGGUUAAAGCUAGGAAAUUUAUUGAUACCCAUAACGAAAACGAUGUGGGUUUGCUCGAUAUUGAUCCGAAAUUAGGGAGAGCGAAACCGCCGGUUGUUAGUUUUUAUUCUAGGAAGAGGGGUAGUAAAAGUGGGAGGUGUGGGUACGAGACUUAUGUGUCGAAUUUGAAGGCGGGUUUGGAUGUGAUUGUGAAAGUUGAGGAUGUUGAAUUUGAUGAUGAGGAGAGGGCAUUGGUUGGUUGUAGUAAUAGUAAUAAGAAACGGAAGACGAAUCACGAGCUUGUUAAGUUAGGGAUUGAUGGUAAUGGUAAUGGUAAUGAUGAUGAUGAUGAUGAUUCCGUUUGUGUUGUUGAUGCUCCGAGAUUGAGAGGAUCGUCUAGGAAACGAAAUAAUGUGAAUAAUGAGAAUAGUGUUGGUAGUAGUAGUAGUAGAAGAAGAAAAAGGAAAAAUAAUAACAAAAGUGAUGUGGAGAAGAACAGUGAUCCGAAUGAAAUGAAUGAGUUUGAAGAAGCAAAUAAGUCUACCACCACUGCAAGCCGGACUAGAAGAUGGGUGCGGUUGAAAUAUGAUGGUGUGGAGCCCAAGAAAUUUGUGGGAUUACAAUGCAAGGUUUACUGGCCGUUGGAUGCUGAUUGGUACUUUGGGCGUAUUGAAAAGUAUGACUUAGAGAGCCAUAGACAUCAUGUUGCAUAUGAAGACGGUGAUGAAGAGCUGGUGGUUCUAUCCAAGGAAAGAAUUAAAUUCCAUGUGUCUCCAGAGGAGAUAAAAAGUCUAGGGUUGACCUGCGAUCUUCAUUGUUCAGAAACAGAUGACCUUGACGUUAAUGAGAUGAUUGUACUGGCGGCCAAUUUGGAUGACUGUCAUGAUAUUGAGCCUGGAGACAUCAUUUGGGCCAAAAUUACUGGCCAUGCCGUGUGGCCAGCAAUCGUGUUGGAUGAGGCGUUUGCUAGCAUUCGCCGAGGUCUAAGCAAAAGUUCAGGAGAAAAAUCAGUUCUUGUACAGUUUUUUGGCACCCAUGAUUUUGCUAGGGUUAAAACAAAGCUCGUGAUCUCAUUUCUUAAAGGGCUUCUAUCUUCCUUCCACCUGAAAUGCAAGAAAUCGGAUUUCAUUCGAAGCUUGGAGGAAGCAAAAAUGUAUCUUAGCAGACAAAAACUUCCAAAAAGUAUGUUACAGCUGCGGAAUGGUGUUGGCACAGAUUUAGGAGGUGAUAGUGAAGAUGAAGGUAUUGAUGGCUCAAAGAUGAAGUCUUUGAGCACUGACAUAGUUCAGAAAUUCACAGGCUCUAAAAGCUGCCCUAUUAUAGUAGGGGAUUUGGAAGUGUUAAAGCUUGGUAAGUUAGUUAAAGACCUGGAGUGUCUUGAUGAUGCCGAAUCUAUCUGCCCCUUAGGCUAUGCAGCUACAAGGAAGUUUCCUUCAUUAUCAGAUCCAAGUGUAUCUUCUGUAUAUAAGAUGGAAGUGAUGAGAGAUGCUGACAGAAAAACGCGACCAUUGUUUAGAGUUACUACCGAUGAAGGAGAUCAGUUUGAUGGGCCGGAUCCAUCGACGUGCUGGAAUAAAAUUUAUGAAAGGAUAAAAGAGAUGCACUCAAGCAGUUCUGAACAUACACAGGCUGAAGGUGCAUCUGAGAGCUUCUUCAAAUCUGGUGCCGAUAUGUUUGGUUUUUCUGAUCCCCAUGUGUUAAGACUAAUACAGGGGACAUCGAGUUCGAAGUUGACAUCAGGGAGAACACGCAACAUGCCAGCUGGUUACAGACCUGUCCAUGUUAAAUGGAAGGACCUAGAUAAGUGCAAUGUUUGUCACAUGGAUGAGGAAUAUGCCAAUAAUUUGUUUCUGCAGUGUGAUAAGUGCAGAAUGAUGGUUCAUGCUAGAUGUUAUGGGGAACUGGAACCUGUUGAUGGAGUCCUUUGGUUAUGCAACUUAUGUCGUCCAGGGGCACCUGAACAUUCACCCCCUUGCUGUCUUUGUCCAGUUACAGGAGGUGCAAUGAAACCUACAACUGACGGACGCUGGGCUCACCUCGCAUGUGCUAUGUGGAUACCAGAAACUUGCUUAGCUGAUAUCAAGAAAAUGGAGCCAAUCGAUGGGCUGAAUAGAGUUAGUAAGGACCGUUGGAAACUUUUAUGUAGCAUAUGUGGUGUCCCUUAUGGAGCUUGUAUACAGUGUUCAAACAAUGCAUGUUAUGUUGCAUACCAUCCACUUUGUGCUCGUGCUGCUGGAUUUUGUGCCGAGCUUGCAGAUUCGGAAAGACUGCAGCUGGUUCCUUUAGAAGAGGACGAGGAGAACCAAUGUAUUCGGUUAUUGUCUUUUUGUAAAAGGCAUAGUCCUAAUCCUACCUCUGAACGCACUGUUUCUGAUGAUUGGAUGGGGCAAAUCCCGAGUCAAAAUUCAGAUCAUGUUCGUCCAGUGAAUCCUUCUGGCUGUGCUCGAUGUGAGCCUUAUGAUUAUUCUGGGAGAAGAGGAAGAAAAGAGCCUGAAGUCCUUGCUGCUGCAUCUAUGAAGCGAGCAUAUGUGGAAAACAUACCAUAUUUGGUGGGUGGAUUCUGCCAGCUUGAAGAUGAUGUAGCCUCUAAGCCGUCUUUUGGCUGUGGAAAACUAAAAAAUUUUCUGCUUGAUGAUCACACAAGCAUUGUUUCGAUGUCUGAGAAGUACAUAUACAUGAGAACAUCAUUUCGAAAGAGAUUAGCAUUUGGGAAAUCUGCGAUUCAUGGCUUUGGCAUCUUUGCAAAACAACCACACAAAGCGGGGGAUAUGGUGAUUGAGUAUACUGGUGAAAUUGUUAGGCCUCCUAUAGCUGACAGAAGAGAACAUUUGAUAUAUAACUCAUUGGUGGGUGCAGGGACAUAUAUGUUUCGGAUUGAUGAGGAGCGUGUAAUUGAUGCCACAAGAGCCGGAAGCAUUGCACAUUUAAUUAAUCACUCUUGUGAACCAAAUUGUUAUUCAAGAGUUAUAAGUGUUAACGGUAAUGAACACAUAAUCAUUUUUGCUAAACGGGAUAUUGCACAGUGGGAAGAGCUGACUUAUGAUUACCGAUUCUUUUCAAUUGAUGAACGGCUACCUUGUUAUUGUGGUUUUCCAAGUUGCCGGGGUGUAGUUAAUGACAUUGAUGCUGAGGCACAAAUGGCCAAGCUAUAUGCACCCCGCAGUGAGUUAAAAGACUAUCAAGAAGAAUGAGUUGAGGUUAGAAAAGUGUCCCAAGACUUCAAUCACUAACUUAAAAUGUUGUACAACAUGUAAGUCAAACACUAUAAUUAAAAUUAGCUAUACUGGUGUUGAAACAUAUCUAGGUUGUUAAUUUAUGCCAACCAUAAUGACAUUGUAGUAGAUAAUGUUAAGGAUGCAUAGGCUAUGAAACUUAUGACUGGUUUGCGUUAUUGUGAAUUAGUAUAUCACGGGCAAGGAAUUUUGGUGUGCAAUAGAUGACCCAAAUUUUGUAUGAUACUUCACAAUAUUGUUACAUAUAUGUGUUUCAUUUAAAUAUA